AUGACGCUGGAUCCGGUAAAGAGGACGCUGAGUGAUACGAAGUUGGGCAAGGCUGAUGUCCAUGCGAUAGUGUUGGUGGUGUCAUGUGGUGCUGCGUUGCUGGCGGCCAAUCUGACUGGUGACGGGUCGGAGACGAUGCAAGAUUUGAUGUUGCUAGAAGUGACGCCGCUCUCACUGGGAAUGGACAUAUUCACCACGUGUUAUGACAAUCAAACAAGAGCUUGGGUGAUGGUAUAUGAGGCGGUGGAAAUGUCGUCGGGGAAGCAGAACAGCAUGAUCGUCACCACCAACAAGGGUUGUCUAUUAGAGGCGGAGAUAGAGCGAAUGGUGAAUGAUGCGGAGAAAUUGAAGCAGGAAGAUGAGAAGGCGAGGAGCAGGAUGGCAGUCAAGAAUAGACAAAAUAUACUUACGAUGUGUGAAACGAUGAUCAGGUGGAUGGACGACGACCAGCAGGCCACUAAGGAGAAGUGUAAACUUUUAUAUAAAAAUUUGGAGACCCUGUACAGCUCCACUAUGGCGAUGAGGAAUCUCGGUUCAUGA